AUGGGAGGCUGCAAUGUUAUUUUGAACAGUGGUGACAUGGUCAUGUUCUGCCGGGACUGUGACAUAAACGGCAACAUGUACAUCUGCCCCGCUUGUUUUAUGCAUUCAAAGCAUGACGAGCAUAAUUUCAAAGUGAUCCGUCUUCCACUCGGAGGAUUCCAGUGCUCUUGUGGAAACUCGGACGAAAUUCGCCAGCCGUAUACGUACUGCUCUCUCGAUGCGCCGAAAUUGAGUCUUGGGCUUGCUGUUCGAGAGCGCACUAUCAUUUCUGUCUCCGAUGGUGGCAUCCGAGCUCGAAGAAUUCGUCAGCUCCAGCUUCAAUUUGGACUCAAAGAUUGA